AUGUCUGGCUCGGCUGCCAAGGUCCCGAAGGCUCAGGAGCCCUUGGUCUCCCAGGCCCUGGCGAUGACAUCGCCUCCUCCUGCUGCGUCAGUGCUUCCAGGUCCUUCUGCUUCUCCUGAUGUCUUGGAGCACGCCCUUUUGGAGAUGGCCCAGCUGCGAGAAGAUCUUCAAGGCGCCGACCCCCUCCUGAUGGCCGGGCGUCUGGAGCUAGUUUCUGGCUGGCUCUGCUCCAACGUGUCCGUUCGAGCGGCGCUGAGCCAGGCCAUGGUGACCUCUGAGAAGGAGAGGCAGGCCGCCGCCCAGGCAACGGCCACUCGCGAGGCGGCAUUGAAGCACGUCAAGGCCGUCAAGAGUCGCUGCCAGGCACUGGAGGCCGAGCUGAAGACCCUGCGCAGCGAACGCGCAGAGGAAGCUCGUCUUCUUCCCUCCUCCGCGCCACCGGACGCGUCCGCGCCGCCGUCGGACAUGUCCAGCCGCCGCCCCUCCGCGAAUCACACGCCGCCACCUGUGCUGGCCGCCGUCCCUGCCGCCACGGCCCGCCGGGCCCAGGCGCGGCCCUCCCAGGCCCGCGCCGCCGCCAGUCGCCGGCGUGCCGUGCUCCGCCGCCUCGUCGCCGCCUCGCGCCUCGUCCCCACCGCCGGUUGCCCCGGACCCCGCCGCCUCCGCGCACGCCUCCCACGCCGGCGCCCGAGCCCGCGGCCCGCCGCCCGCCGGAGUGCGCCGCCCGCCCCGCCAACGGAGCGCGCCUCCACGCCGGAGCUCCACCGUCGCCUUGCCCCGUCGACCACCUCCCGCGCCGCCGUCGUCCCGUUCGCCGGCGAGCCGCGCCGCCCCUCCGGCCUCCUCCCUCCUCUCCCCGCCGGCGCGCCUCUGCCGCCGUCCUCCAGCCUGAGCCGGCCCGAGCUCGGCUCGAUCUGGAUCCGACGCGUCCGCGCCGCCGUCGGACAUGUCCAGCCGCCACCCCUCCGUGAAUCACACGCCGCCACCUGUCCUGGCCGCCGUCCCCACCGCCGCGGCCCGCCGGGCCCAGGCGCGGCCCGCCCAGGCCCGCGCCGCAGCCCGUCGCCGGCGUGCCGUGCUCCGCCGCCCGCACCUCGCCGCCUCGUCGCCGCCUCGUCCCCGCCGCCGGUUGCCCCGGACCCCGCCGCCUCCGUGCACGCCUCCCACGCCGGCGCCCGAGCCCGCGGCCCGCCGCCCACCCCGCCGCCGGAGCGCGCCUCCACGCCGGAGCUCCACUGUCGCCUCGCCCCGUCGACCACCUCCCGCGCCGCCGUCGUCCCGUUCGCCGGCGAGCCGCGCCGCCCCGGCCGGUGCGCCUCUGCCGCCGUCCUCCGGCCUGAGCCGGCCCGAGCUCGGCUCGAUCUGGAUCCGGUGAGAUCCCCUGUGCGUUGA